AUGGCUCGUCGAUAUGAUACGCGCGCAACGAUCUUUUCGCCCGAAGGUCGAUUAUAUCAAGUGGAGUAUGCUUUAGAAGCUAUCUCACAUGCCGGUGCAUCAUUGGGUAUUCUUGCUGAAAACGGUGUCGUUUUAGCCGGUGAAAAACGCAACGUUAGCCCAUUGCUUGACGACGUGAAAUAUUCCGAAAAAAUCUAUAAAAUUCAUGAUGAUCUUUGCUGUUCAGUUUCUGGUAUAACCAGCGAUGCAAAUGUCUUAAUCAAUGAACUACGUAUGAUUGGUCAACGAUAUCUAUUGACAUACCAAGAACCCGCUCCGAUCGAAUACAUUGUCUCACAUUUAUGUAACAUUAAACAAGCAUAUACGCAAUUUGGCGGCAAACGUCCAUUUGGUGUCUCAUUUCUCUACAUGGGCUGGGACAAACAUUACGGUUAUCAAUUAUAUCAAUCGGAUCCAAGUGGGAACUAUGGCGGAUGGAAAGCGACCUGCGUUGGUCAUAAUUCGCAAACGGCGAUAUCGAUUCUUAAGCAAGAGUAUAAGAUAGGCGAAACGCAACUGAACGAUGCUUUACGAUUAGCGAUCAGAGUGUUUAGUAAAACGUUGGAUACAACAAAGUUAACCCCUGAGAAGAUUGAAAUAGCUGUUUUACAACAUGAUGAUAAGACCAAUGAAACAACGAUUCGUCUACUCAAAGAUGACGAACUCACAACAUUGAUUAAGCAAUAUGAAGAUGAACAAAGUAAAUUGGAAGCCGAUAGACAAAAACAACAGCAAUCAACAACGGAGAAAGAGAAAAAAUAA